AUGGAAAUAGGCAUCGUCGGUGCCGGUGUAUCUGGUCUAUAUACCGCGCUCCUUCUCCAACGAGAAGGCCACCGGGUCACUCUAUAUGAGGCUAAUUCCCGCAUUGGCGGCCGCAUCUACACCCAUCGCUUCCAAGCCCCCAACUCCAAUGAAGAUAUCUACUUUGAAGCCGGGGCGAUGCGCAUCCCCCGUUCGGCCCUGCAUUCUCGCGUGUACCUCUUCAUUCAGUACCUCAACACCCACGGCCGCCAUGAAGACAAGAUCGAACUGAUGCCGUAUGUCCUCGAGCAGCGCAACAACAUUGCCUUCAUCCGCAACAAAAAGGUGAAUGUCGACGAUCCCGCUCUCCCGGCGGAGUGUGGCCUCCCGGCGGAGUAUCAUGGGAAAUCCGCGCGACAGCUGCUCGGCGAAGUGGUCGCGCCAUGGCUGAGCCUGCUUCACAAGAACUUUCAGGCUGGGUUUGCUCAGCUGCUAAGCCUUGAUGAGAUAUCAUUCCGGAUGUACCUACGGCUCAUAGUCGGGUGGCCGCACGAGGUGAUUGAGUUCGUCGAGCUGAUGAACAGCCAGACGAACCAGUACGAUCUGAGUUUCACGGAGAUUCUGAUGCAGAAUCUCGACUUCCAUACCCGGGACUGGAGCACGAUCCACGGGGGUAUGUCGCGGCUCACAGAGAGUGCGGCGAACCUCAUAGGCCGCAAACAUAUCCAUCUCAACGCGCGGGUCGAUUCGAUUAAGGAAAACCCAGACGGGACCAUCGCACUGUCUACCGGUGCUCACCAUGCCACAUUCGACAAAGUCGUUCUAGCGAUCCCCCCGGCAGCCCUACAAAGUAUCCGUGACCGCCCCACCUGGUCCUUCAUGAAAGAGCAGGCCCUGCGCGCGAUCCACUACGAGCCUCUCUACAAAAUCGGCCUACACUUCCGGACCCGCUUCUGGGAGAGGCUUUCCACUCCUUGUCGCGGCGGCCAGAGCGUGACCGACCUCCGCUUCCGCUGGAUCGUGUAUCCAUCGAAUGAUAUCGGAGGUGCGGGGUCCGGUGUGCUGCUGCUCUACUGCUGGAUGAACGAUGCUUACAGGAUGGCCUCCCUCCCGCGGGAUCAGCGCGUGUCUCUUGUGUUGCACGAUCUCCAGCGCUUCUACGCGGACACAAACAUCAAAAUCUCCGACGAAUUCAUCGACGCCUUUGACGUAUGCUGGAAUCAGCAGUCGGCGACGGGGGAUGCAAUGUUUCUCCCCGGACAAUUUCGACGGUUCCACGAUAUCUCGCGCCGCGAAGAAGGUAGUAUCUAUUUCUCCGGGGAGCAUUUGAGUAGACAUCAUACCUGGAUUGCGGGGGCGGUGGACUCGGCGAUCCAUACAGUGGGCCAGAUGCUGGGGAUUCGCGAGAUCGGAUCGUUGGGGGAGGAGUACUCUCAUGUGAAUAAAGGGAGCGUUGGCGUGCGACGACCCUGUGGACAGAACAGAUGUAGUUAUUCGAUUCCCCUGCAUAAUAAUGUGCAGUAUGUCGAGGAUUUGGAGAAUGCGCGGAUGGCCCAGAGUGGGAAAGCCCGACAGCGAUUGAUUUGA